AUGUCGACCUACCUGCACGAGUUAAAGGUGCCGCGAGAAGAACGAGUGAGGUGGGUCGGCAAGCACGAAGAAAUCGGACAUCCUGAUCAUUGGACGCAUACUCAUGAUAGUCGAACCGUCGUCCAUCACUCAACGAGCGCUUUAAACCGGCUACGGACUCCCCAGAAGAGCACCUAUAAGACUACGAAAACAGAAGCAAUCGACAUUCGUUCGGUAUUGCUCCCAAUUCACGCUCUGCUGAAGAUCAAUCAUCAACAUAUCUCCACUCAGUCCUACUUUGUGCUCGAGCCUCUCCCAAUCAUGCUCCCUCUCAACCUGAAAGCAUUCUCGACUGUCCUAGCAGUAGUGCUCUUAUCCGCAGCCGUCUUGGCCCAAGCCCCGGAGCGAAACCUGACAAUUCCGACGACCACCACUUCGUCCGUAACUCAGACUCAAACAUCUCUUCCGGCAACAGGCGGCAACACUCCUGCCAACUCUACAAUCACUCCCACCACCAACGGUACUACCACCACAAACAACAGCACACAAGCCAAUAAUAACAGCACUAGCCAUUCAAAUAACACAGCCCCCGUCAAACUCACUCCGAUUCCUGACUCCACUGGCGCUGCUGGUAGUGUUCCUGUGCCUGCUGCCACCGGCGGAAAACCGAAUGGCCCAUAUGGUCCAGACGAUCAGUACAUCGCUUCUAGUGUCUCCAAAGUUAUUGCUCCAAUGCUUUCGACCUGCUUCAUCAUGUCCUGUACAUUGGUCGUGACGAGCUAUGCAGCAAUCGCAUAG